AUGUAAAACAAUUCACCAAUCAAAGGUCGACGUAUUUCAAACCAGAUUAAGUUGACAGGGAAAGUUCUAAAAAAGAAGACAGCAUCAGAAAUAGAGAUUGUAGGUCCUUCUGGAAGAGAUAUGGAUACUAGUGUGGUUGCUAAAAUUUAAAUAAUUUAGUAUGAGAAUCUGAAAUCCCAUAUGUAACAAUGCCAAAGUGAACUAAAAGUUGCAAAGAGUACAGAAAAGAUUAAAAAAAAAAAGUCACUUGAUCGUCAUGCUGCCAUCAAGAAGAGUCAGCAGUUAUAUAAGAAAAAAAAGAAAUCUACAAAAAUAAAGAAAAGUGUUAGUGCAGAAAGAGUUAAGAGUUAAACAUUAGAGUUUUCAUCUCCAGAAUGUGUGCGUCGUAAGAAAGCAGCCACUUUUUUUAAUGAAAAACCUAAUACUCUAUAAGAUCAUCGUGAACGUUUAGGACUUAGUUUCUUAAAUAAAAUUGGCACUAAGCGAAUUGAUUAAAUUUUAGAGCGUAUUUAAGUGAUUCUAUAGAGUUAGGUAAUAGGAUGUCAUCAAUAGAACAAUCACAUCAUCCUCCUCUUACUCCUGAAAAACAUCGCUUUCCUCAAUAAUUAAAACAUUAUAUGAAAGAAAAAAAGAAGUUCUAUUCAUAAUUAGAAUCAAUAAAAUAAUAAUCAAUGUUAGAAAAGAAAAAACAUAUUGAUGAAAAUCUACGUUCAUUGGCAGAAAUUGCAAAAAGAAAUUCUCUUUCAAAUAGCAGAUCACCACCUAGAGAUAGUACAAAUAAAAUAAGUGCAAAACCACUUAUGUUAAGUUAUGUGGCUAAUCGUAAAAGUACUUCACGUAAAUCAGGAGUUCCAAAAUCUUUGAAAGAACAAUUUAAAUAAUUGGAGGCUCGAUAUAAAACUUUAAAGAGUAAUAGUGAUGUUAUAUCAUUGAGAGAAUCUAGAAAUUAUGAACACGAAAUGAAAGAAUAUGCAGCCAAAUGUAUUUAAAGAUGGUUUAAAGGAUAUAAAGCUAGAAAACUUUGGUAAAAGAAGAAAUAGAAGAAAUUAUUAAAAUUAUAGUAAUUGUAAUAAUUAAAAGAUACUGAAAUGGCAAGAUGGGAUAAUUUAAAAUCAUUUCUAUAAAAUCUAUAAAUUAAGUAAGAUAUGGUUGUCAUGGCAGAUUUUAUUGAAAGUUUAAUUAAAUAUGCAGAUUUCAAUAAAGAAAAUGUAUUAUCAAAUAAUAUUGAAUAACCUCAAAUCAAAUUAAAACCAUAAAAAUUGAUUAUUGAAAAAACUGAAGUGUUUCCCCCUUAAAUUGGAUAAAUUCUAUAUCUAAGAGGUGAAUUAAUUAAAGAGAGAGAAAAGAAAGAAAAAUAAAUCUUGAAGGAUCUCCUUGUUUAAGAACGUAUAUCUCCUCGUUCUUUUGGUUUGAAAGAGUAAGAAAUAUAAAAAUGGGGGGAAAAAGAAAUGGAAGCAUUAGAAAGCAGUAAAUAAGCAAUUAAAGCUGGUUGGUUUAAAGCUUAUGAAACAAUUUAAAAGACUCAAAAGGAUUUAAGAUUUGUUUAGAAAUUAGGAGAUGAUCAUUUUAGUAAAAUGAUGCCUGUAAGUGUUAGUUAAAGUAAUCUAUUGAAAAAUUAACUUAAUGAUCUUAAAAUUAAUGUAAUUAUUAUAUAUAAUUUAUAGUUAUUAAGGGUUAGUUAUUCUGAAGAGAAUCUUAUUGAUUAAAAGAAGAAACCACUUUAACAUUCAGAAUAAUUAGAUAUUUAAGAAUAGCAAUUAGUAUCAUACAAUUCAAAUUAAUCAAAUAAGACUCUAUCAUCAUAUAUCCAAGGUCUAGAAGUAAUAUAUUACCUAAGUAAGGGAUGUUCCAUUAGAUAUGGAAGAAUAGGGAUAAGUUGAGAAUUUGCAGUAUGUGUAGACUCAUGUUGGCUAUGUUAAACAAUAUUUAGAGGAUAUCAAAUUAAUAGUUAAAAAUCAAUAUCAGAAUCAAUUUUUAUAAAUUAUAAAUCUGAGUAUUGGUCCAUCUCCAUUUGAAAUCUUGAGAUUUUUUAGGUUAACUGAAGAAAUGCUAGAAUAAUCUUUGGAUGGUGGAUUUAUUCAUUAAGCAGUUUUGAAUUUGGAGAUAUUUUCAAUAAAAGAGAAGGUUGGAGCAGAAGAUGUUUUAGUCAAUGAAAUGGAAAGAAUACAUAAUAAAGCUAUUUUUGAUGCAUUUAAUGAAGCAUUAGAUUAUCAUAGACCUUUUGGUAUAAAGGGUAGACCAUUACCUUGGAGAAAGAAUGUGAUAUUUAGGCAAGUAAGUUCUGUUGAAGAUACACUUGAGAAAUCUGCAUUAAGGGUUGUACAAUGGGCUGAAACUUUAAGUGGUAUACUAUUACCAUAAGGUAGUUAAGUGGAUAAUGAUAUUUUACCAUAAGUUAGAGAAGAAAGAUUAGAUAAGAUGUUAAAGUAGGAAGUAAAUUAGCUAUUCAAUAUUUAUAGAUAUUCGAAACAGAUGAUAGAUGGUAGGAAUUUGAUGAAGAACAUACUGAAGUAGCAUUGGAGUUGAGUGAAUUAAUAUUCAAUCAUCUCAUUACUGAAGUAAUUACUGAAUUAAGAAUUUGA